AUGGCGUUCCACAAUGAAAAAGCGUCCCGCCACCUCGCUUCCCAACGCAAGUCGUGCAAACAGCGCAGAGUGGAGCAGCGGCUGCGGGUCAAGUGUUUGAUCCCUCGCUCGCACUUCCUUGUAUUCCCCGGCAUCGGCUCGUUUCACCAGCAGACGAGGAGCAAGUACCUUUGUCAAAAGGACCACGUGUCUGAGUCAGACGAGGACGAUCUACUGGGGUCCGAUGACGUCGUCAUUACGGACGAAGACAUCCGUUCCAUUCGCGACUCGGUGGACAAGAUGCAGCAGCAACUGAGUCGUGGCAUUCGGGAUAUUGAGGAGAUUCGUGCAAUGGUGAAGGAAGCGGCGGUCCAAGAUGCGCGCGAGAUGAAUGCACGACGAGCGCAACUUAACGACAGCAGUCAAACUAGUAGCAUAUAA